GAACCAAAAGAAACACAUGCGAGUCGAGAAACACCUCGCCGCAAUUCUCUUCGCUUUAGAAUGCAAUGCGCGUAUAUGCCACCAGGUAUACCCCGCUACGGUCGUGACGGCACGGUAAAUCCAUCUCUUCACAAGUGGUCUCCUUGCAUUGCGGAGGCCUGAGGUUAUGCGCACAUCGCCGACGCUAACGUUUGUCAUUCCUGACCAAAGUGAAUACCAGAAACCUCUGCAAAACGAAGAUAAUAUCAAGCAUGGCACUGGGCUUAGAAAAUAAUGAAGGCAGCCGAAAAAAACUAACAAGAAACGACAGAAAGACAACACAGCGACAUCGAAGAUCUUUGUAGGAGAGCAUGCAUGGCCCGUGAUUAGAAGCACCUGUCUUCCGUGGUCGCCAUGACAGUCGCGGACCAGACGACCGCCUGUGCCGACAAGAAGAAGGGGCCCGCAGCCGCCUCUCCGAGCAACGGAAAGAAGGGAAUACCUCGCUAUGGUCCGGACAGCGUGCACAGUUGGAUGACGGCAGGAGCAUGUGCUUUUGCAACAUUUUUCGGUGUCGGUGGAAGAAGGUCAAGCGGCUUCUUGUACGUGGCUAUAUUGGAUACGUUCAACGCCACCAGGUCACAAGCUGCAUGGCCCAUCAUAUUACUUGGCGGUGUCCUACUACUCACAGGACUCGUUGCUGGGCCAUUAGCGCACCGGUACACAGCAAGGCCGGUGGCCAUAGUCGGCGGUACUAUUGGAGCCCUCGGCCUCAUCGUAUCCUAUUUCGCAACCAACAUUGAAUACCUCGUUUUCAGCUUGGGCAUUGUCCAUUCCAUCGGGAGUGGCAUGCUGUUCGUCGUUAUUCCGACUGUCAUCAACGAACACUUCGUUCGGUACAAGGGCCUUGCCAUGGGCAUCAAUUUCGCCGGCGCCACCAUGGGCACGUUUGUCUUUCCAAAGUUCCUCGAAUUGGCGACCAACCAGUACGGAUUCAAAAGUGCCCUUCUGCUCUUCGGUGCUCUUUGCCUCAAUGCUGUUGCCUUCAGCCUAUUCCUGCGUCAACCUUCAUGGUUGAAGAAAAAGCUGAAGGAGCAGAAGGAGCAGCAAGUUCAGGCGGAGAAGUUGCGCAGCGUAAACGAUACUUCAGGGCACCCCGUCAAUGGCUGCCGCAUCGCUAUUCCGAACGGGCUAGCAGACGACAAGACAAGUGUCAAGAAGCUCGAAUUAGUGCCUGGAUCAUUUCGUCACGGGCUCACCGUGUUCUCGUGCCCCAUGUUUUACGUGGUGAUGUACUCUUACAUUGCGUUCAGCUUCGCGUUCGAGUGCUACAUCUCGCUGCUGGUGGACUUCACCAUCGACCGCGGAGUCAGUGUGUCUAACGCGGUGACCGUGCUCUCCACCAGUUCCGUGGCUGAUCUGGUCGGUCGGCUAACACUUCCUGCGCUGGCCGACAAAGGAUACUUCACUCGGCAAGCCCUGAUGACCGUCAGCUUCGCGUGGAUGGGAUGCCUCUACAUCAUGCUUCCCUUAGCCGAGAGUUACGCCGUGGUGUUCGCCAUGGCAGCUGCGAUUGCUUUCUGCAUCGGCACCACUGUAGUGCUUUUCUCUGUGCUGUGUGCAGAGUAUGUGGGCAUCGAGCGAGUGUCUAUGGCCUACGGCAUGGUGUCCGCUUCGGCAGGGAUGACGUCGCUAGCGAAGCCACUCGUCAUAGGUUACUUCCGGGACAAGGUGGGAUCCUACGACAACCUGUUUCGCCUGUGCGGCUCCACAGUGACGCUGGCCGCCAUCAUCUGGAUCUUCGUUCACAUCAGGAUCUGCGCCACCUCCAAGCAUACGUGGACGUUGGGAAAUGGCACACUGUGUGGCUCCCAGGACGCCAGUGUAAAAAAGAAGAACCAACCUUGAAUCGGCCGUUCUCGAAGCGAACGCGAAAUAUGAGCGCGUUGCGAAUCACACAUGCGCUUUUGAGCCAACGCCCCUCGUUGGCGCCUGCAUUAUCUGCAUGAAUAUGCUUGCGCGAGAUUCCUGUUGCUGAACCACCAUUCGCGAGCGUAAAUCAUUCCGGCGCGUGCGGGUUGUGUGCGUUGGUGAAUUCCUUCUUAUCGCCGCGCGCUAUAGAAGCGAAGGAGUGACCUGCUUUAGUUUCGUACAAACGUCUGUCUACAGAGCCACCCACACACUACUAUUGCCUAUUGAAAGACCUAUCAAGAGUUUUGUUGAGUGCGGCACGCGCUAUCCGUGGUUUUAAAGAAGACACUUCGACUCGCUUGGAGCUGCAAUUAUACGCAGUGACGAGUUUUGCGUAGAGUGAAUGUUAGGUCGAAGGACAAGCUCAAUGGGUGGAGACCACAAGCGUUGCAUGCUGUACCACUGUACCUUAGCUCUUUUUCUGGCUGUCAGGCACUGAACGACUGCAUCACAAAUUACUUGCAUCCCCGACAAUUGGUGCUGGCCCAUUUCCAGUGGUUCUCAUGAAUCGGAGAUAUUGAAAUGGGGUCGGGUGUUGCAGCGGUCGGGUGUUGCAGCGGCAUUUCUGUACACGAAAGUUUUUUCUUAAAUUCGUAUUACAGAAGGGUGUGUCCGAAGAAAAGGUUACAAUAAUAACUUCUAUUAGUAACUAUGCAUACAUGCACGACACUGCAGACAAUCAUCUAAGAUAUGACGAAUGUCUUGCGCCAUCAUUUUUGUCAUUAAUUGUACGGCAUCUAUGGCUCUUCAUCAUAAAGUGAAGAACAAUACAAGCGAAAACUACCUCCACACAAUACGUUGCAAUAAACACGAAUAAAAAGAAUUUGUUUGCCUCCCUGUGA